AAUAUCCGGUAAUUUAUCCAAUGAGAGGACGUUUUACAGUUCGUCGGUUACCACGUUGCUAAGGAAGCCUCCAUUGUUUUGGUACAUCUUGCACUGCGAUUGUCAAAAACAUUAAAAAUAUUUACAAGAGGACAGAACAGAUAAACAUCUACAUCAAAACAUGGCAAAACUUGUACAGCCACCAACAAGGUUUACCCACCAAGAUUGGACUACCUCUAACCUAACAAAGUAUGCUAAUGCUGAAGUAGAACGUGCUGCAGCAGAGCGUCUUGUUGAAGAAUCAAAGAGAUUGUCUGAUGAAACAGAGAAAAGAACUGAAAAGACCCAGAGGGAUGUUAAUAAGAAAUUUCAACAAAGACUUGAUGACAUUCGUUACUGGAAGACUGAACUUGAUGAUAAACUUGCUGGUGUUACAACAGAGAUAGACAAUCUUCUAGCAUUUAAAACUAGAGUUGAGAAAGCACUCGAGGCUACACAUGAGCCAUUACACAUUGCAAGGCAAUGUUUAAUGAACAGAGAGAAGAGGAAGGCAAUUGACUUAGUUCAUGAUGAUGUACAGAAAGAACUGAUCAAAGAGGUAGAAGCUAUUGAAGGUGUACAGGCCCUUCUACAAAGAUCAUUAGAGCAGGCCACAGAACAGAUCAGGUUGAACAGGAAAGCCAAGUUCCAGCUGGAGAAGGACCUGAAGGACAAAUUCAGUGUGUUAUCUAUUGAUGAGUACUGUGAAAGCCUCAGAAAUAACUCACAAAAUAUCAACUUCAAAGAAGGAACUGCUAAAAUUGAAGCAAAUUCUGUGACACCAGAAGAUUGGCAGGAUUUCUCCCACAAAAAUAUUGAAAAAGCAGAGCGUGAACGUCAGAGCUCAGUAGAUCUGAGAUCACUUAUUGACGGUAUCCUUCAACAGACUUCAAAUGACAUGCGUAAACAAUGCAGUGAAGUCAACGUUGCUUUCAACAAAAGAAUCAAUGAGACAAAGGAUACAAAGAGCAAAUUGGAAGAUCAUCUUAAUAAGGUUGUUGCCCAGAUCAAGGAAAUGGAGGAGAACAUUUCACGUCUCACGAAGGCCAUCCAGGACAAGGAGCAACCCAUGAUGCUUGCACAGACCAGACUCGACACCCGUACCAAUCGUCCAAAUGUGGAGUUGUGCCGUGAUCCAGUACAAUACAGACUCAUCGAGGAGGUUCAUGAGAUUGAAGGAUCUGUCGCCGGGCUGCAGGCACGUCUUGCUGAAGCCGAGUCGUCACUGAAGGGUUUGAUUCGCAAUCAGCUAUCGUUGGAGGAGGACAUUGAAGUGAAAUCAAACACCUUGUUCAUUGAUGAAGUUGAAUGUAUGGGAAUGAGGAAAAGCAUAAAUAUCCAAAACUUCUAGGGAACUUCUAUAACUGUUGUGAUUUUUAGAUAAAGUUUUUGUCAAGAAACAUCAACUGUAGUAAUAAAAAUGAAAAUUUUAUAAAGAGUUACGAUGUUAUUCUGAAAUUUUUUUUUAUGUGAAUGACAAAAUGAAUUUAAAGUCAUGUACAAAUGUUGGUGUAUACAUUUGAGAAAAUAUGUGUUGUAUUAUUCCUCAGUCUAUCAUUGAUGUAUGUGAAAUUUCACCCGCUUUAGAUUCAACAUCCGUAAAUUUUCUGAAUUUUCAUUCUACAAACAAGUUUUCACUGGAUAUUUGUUAUAAAUCUAUGUAUAGUGUUUAUUAUGUGAACUUUUACUGCCUCCUUUCAAACCAAAUCUUCAUGUGAUAUGUUUUUUCAUAUUUUUUUUACCCAUCAUUUUAAACGACUGUAAAACAUUUACAGCUUGUUGUGUUUAUAUGAAGAUGUUCUAUCUUUUUAACUUUUACGAGGCCUUCACUCACCAAUAAAUUUAAAGGAAUGUUUGAAUUUGUUGCAUUUAUUCUGUUAUUUCUAACAAAGAAAAAGUUGCAACAAAGUGUACAGACUUAAUAGUAUGUAACUAUUAUAUUGUCCAUAAUGUACUCGUAAUUAGCUGCUGAGGCUUAACCCUGUAUUUGAUGAAAGCAGGGUUUCAGAUGUUUCCAUGGAAAUUGUCAGUUUCAAAGCUGUAUGUAUUAAUUAGGUUGUCAAAGAGGAAAAGUAUUGUAGAAUUAGUAUAUAUGUGUACCAUAUAAAACCUGUCAUGUUUUCUUCCUUUAGGAUUUGUUCUCGUGUCACAAACAUGGACUUUCUUACUAUAUGUUCUAUAUGAACACGUUUUUUUUAACAUUUGUUAAAAUGUAAAACACCUGUGAUAAGUUAAAAGUAUUCCCAUUAAACCAAGAAUGAUUUUUGUUACAAUCUUUGUUUCACAGUAUUUAUUUGAGAUUUACCUCCCUUUGACCAUUUAUAAAAUUGUUAAGACAAAACUGUUCUUGACAAAUUUGUGAGCUAUAUCAGUUAUAUAAAAUAAAAUAUAAUAAACAUUG